AUGCUUCAAAGCGCAUCUUGUAGCAAAAGGAUACACCUAAGAGUGGGCCUUGAUUAUGAUGAAAUAUUUAGCUUAAUAGUGGAACCUACUACAAUUCGCUUAGUUCUAUCUCUUGUUGUCUCUUUCGAUUGGGAGCUUCAUCAAUUGGAUGUGAAUAAUACCUUUCUUAAUGGCAUCAUCCAUGAGGAAGUUUGCAUGAAGCAACCUACAGGUUUUGUGGACCUACCUCAUCCUGAUUAUGUUUGUAAGCUGAGUCACUCCUCUAUGGGCUUAAGCAGGCCCCACGGGCCUAGUUUACAUGCCUCUGUGACCACUUACUCUCCAUGGGAUUUUCUGAGUCCAAAGCUGACACCUCUCUUCUUUUUGCGGCGUGGUGCUAAUCUUGUUCUCUUACUAGUUUAUGUUGAUGACAUCUUGUUGACUAGGCCCAAUCCCACUCUUAUUAUUACCCUUGUCUCUCAACUCUCCACACAGUUUGCUCUUAAAGAUUUGGAUGCUGCUCAUUAUUUUCUUGGCCUUGAACUCCACCGUUGCAAAGAAGGCAUUCAUGUUAAUCAACACAAGUAUAUACAUGAUUUGCUUCAUCAAACUUCUCUACAUGAGGCCAAACCUAUUGCUACACCCAUGGCUGCCUCCACUAAGCUAGAUGCUACCUCUGGUGAGGUCUUGACUGAUCCAACACAGUUUCGUAGUGUUGUUGGGGCGUUGCAGUACGUUACCCUCACCCGUACUAAUAUAUCCUUUUCAGUGAACAAGAUAUGUCAAUUCCUUAAGAAUCCUACUUUUGAACAUUGGAUUGCUGCCAAAUGCAUCCUUCGUUACCUAAAAGGCACAAUUUCCCACAGUCUAUCCUUCCAGCCCACCUCUCACUCAUUGGUGGCAUUUUCAGAUGCUGAUUGGGCAAACUGCCUUGUGGAUUGGCAUUCGCAUAGUGGAGUAUGUAUGUUCCUUGUAGCUAUGUAUUGA